GACGCGCGCUGGAGAAGAUGAAGGCUGAGGCGGCCAAGCCGGAUGAAGAGUUGGCGCAAGAGGAGAAGGCCAAGUCAGUUGAAGUCACCAAUGGCCCCGUGCCGGUAAGUUGGUUGCCACUCCUGUGUCUUUUUCCAAUUUCCCUGUUUUUUUCCCGGUGA